UUGAGCACCAUUCAUGUCAUGAUCCCUCACAACCAACGAGGCAGCAACACACGGGCAUCGUGGCAGCGAAAACUUGCCAAUAGUCUCGCAGAAAUCCUGAUUUGGCAAAGAACCGAGACAGCCGCAAAAACUGAUUCUCGUUUCGUCAGGGCGAUGGACGCACUCAAGGCACUUCCCGAUAGCAUACACAAAGGCAACAUUGAAAAGGGACAGGCGCUCAUACAGCAGUUGCAAACAUCUAUUCGCAAACACCGACAGUUGCUCAACAAUCAUGCUCGUCAACAGGGAUUCCUUGUCGCGUCGUCCUACCAGAUUGACAAGACUUCAAUCACGUUCAAAAUGAUACGGAGAGCUAAAGUGGGAGAUCUCAAGGUGUUGGAACUAUUGGCGCGCAAACACGGCGAUGCACGCACACUCAGACUCAUUGCCAAGCGCCAUUUGGAUCCGGACAAGGCCAUACCGAUGGAAUCCAUUCAGGAAUUGAUAUCCAAUUGGGUUGGUAUUGGUGGUGACGAUGACAAAGAUGAUGAAUUGGCUGCCAUUGAGCUUCAACUACAAGCCAGCAUGGUCCAGGCUACGCUGGACAAGUUACGCUGUCCAGAAACCGACAGACCCGUUCUGGUCACCUGCGUGGGAGCCGAUCGCGACAACAUUGUGUGUGCCAUCCUAGUGGCCGCUAGUGUGGAAAACAGUCGUUUGAGUCUUGCUGGCGAAGUUCAUGAUGUUUCCACGACGGGAAAAUGCAUCGAUUUGCUCAACCAAGUCUUGGUCCAAUCCAAGUUCCUGGUGGACGGAGAGCAAGGAUUUAUGGCGGUUGAGGAAAUCCUAAACAAUAACCUGCGCAAGGAAGACAAAUCCAAGGAGGAUGUCAUUGUGCUCUCGUCAAGAGAUCUGGAGCUCGACGAACACGUCUUGAAGGAAUUUCAGGAAAGGGACCUUACGCUACGUGUCCAUGCAACUUCCAAGCUUGUGGCGGCGCCGACUGGAACGGUGCAACUUUCGCUCAACACGACAAUAUAUGACCGGAUCAAAGCACGACAACCGCUGACGCUAGGGGUUGUCCUGGAUUGCACCGGAAGCAUGGGAGGAGAGAUCGAGGGAUGUAAGAAAGGGGCCCUUAAGCUCAUUUCCACAUUCCAAGAGCUCGCGCCCGUCACCGCGGUCAAUUUUAUGGGAUAUUGGGAUCCGGUCAAUGUAAGCACAGAUCCCCAACCAAAGAGCACGGGAUACUUGAACACUACGAAUCGCCACCACCCAGAGAAUAUGACCGCUCUGACGGAAUUUGUCAAUACCCAGCUCGUCUGUCAGGGAGGAGGAGACGAACCGGAGGACAUUCCCCAAGCCUUGGAAAAGUUUAUUGACGACAUGAAAACAGCCGGUUUGUCAGCUGAUAAGGGUGUCCACAUGCUCUUUUUCAUUGCCGAUGCAGGAUACCGAAGCAACGAGGAGCAUCGAAUGCGAGCGGCACUUGAGAUAUUGAAGAAAUUGGGUGUUGUCCUGGUCAUGUGCAAAGUACGAGGAGGCGGGUCCAUUCAGACCUUGGUGGACCGGUCCAAAGAGUGUUUCCAAGAAGAUGGACAAUUGAUAUUGCUGGGUGGAGUGGGCCAGCUGGCAUCUAUUGCAGCCAGUGUGACUGAAUCCAUCCGAGCAUCACUCUUUCAAUCGAGCAAUGUCGUAUCUGUUACGGCAUCAGUGGGCAGCACAAUUGACGCGAUUGCAAAGCUGGUCAACUUCCAGGAGGAUCACGAGGCCUUGAAAACGAACGAGGAGCUCACAAAGGAUGAGAAAGCGGAGGAUGUCAAAGGAGUGUUUGCGUCCAAGAAAGAAUACACCUUGACCUCUCGUGACCGCCUGUAUCUGCAGCUGUCUCGUCUUCCUCCCUUGUGCCACGAAUCCGUACAGUCGGCAUUUGGGGGCAAGACCCUGCAAGAGCUCUCAGCAGCAGCAAUUGCCAACCGUCUGCGUGCAGAAGGUAUCCCGGUUGUCAAGGUAGAAAAGGCUGGAUAUCCUGAGGAAGUCGUAGAACUUGUGAAGAAUUUGAUGGGAGGACAUGGUGUCAUGCGGGUAGAUGGUUGA